AUGGCGGAUUUGCAGAAAGAUACAGUCAACUGGUGUGCUGGGGUCAUGUGGACAUAUGUCUACCAGUUUCUUAUGGUCUUCUGUCAUUUCUCCCGACGUAAUGUGGCUUAUCUACAACAGCUAGUUGGACCAUAUUUUGAAAGUGGAUCUGAAAAGUUUCUCGAAAUGAUGAAAGACCCAAGUGAUCAGUUUGUACUACUCAAAGUGUUGAAAGACCUACGCGACCGGCUUGCAGCUCUCACUGAGCGCCUGGGAGAACAGUACCCCAAUCUUUGGACCCUGAAAACGUUGUGCAUUUGUCUUGGUUUUGUGCUUUAUUUUGUCCUUGUUGUGGCCACAACCAAAAUCCUGAGGAAUGUACCGAAGGAUAAAAAGGGAGAUGAAAAUGACAAUGAGCCAUCUGAGAAGGAACAAGAAGAAAUGGAAGGCAAGGCUGACACUCCUGGUGGUCUUGGCAUCUUUGACUUGGCGAAGACUGCCGAUCAACCUGGCCACACAGAAGCUGUCAUCAAACUGAUGCAAACACUCAAACUGGAUGUGAACAGAACACUACCUGGGAAUGGAUUGACACUAUUCCUGUGUGCCUGCAUCAGUGGAGAAAGACAGCUUGUAAACUUCAUGCUAGAGAAAGCUGGAGCAGAUAUAACUGUAUCCACCAAGGCUGGCGACUCCCCUCUCUACCUGGCUACAUUUGGUAUCAUAAACUCGGAGAAGGACCAAUAUGACCUACUGGAAGAUCUCAUGAAAGCUGGAUGUGACGUGAAUGCGCAGAACAGCUCUGGUUACACGUGCCUACACCGAGCAGCGAGUAAAGGAAUUGUUCCUCUUAUCAAAUUCCUGUUGAAACAUGGAGCUGAUCCGUACAUCUCUAACACUGCAGGCAUUUACCCUAUUGACAGUGCAAUCAGUGCAAGUCACUUGCAUGCAGCAGACCUCCUCGUCAUUCACCUGAAGACAGAAAACGUAUGGGACAUUGUCGAACCCCACACUCCUGCAAAAGCCGAUCUCGGUCUGCCGAGUCCCCACCGAAAACACCUCAUCGAGUCAACUAAGUCAAAGAGGAAAGUUGUUCUGCGAAAAUGAAAGGGAUGCCAAGAGUUAGACGAGAGUGUGACACCAUUGUUUCUUGCAUUGCGAUUACUGUUUCCAAUUACUCCGGGAACGAGCGAGACAAAUCGUACACAUGGUGAUUAUAAUC